AUGGACAGUCUUUCCACAGAUGGCGAAGAAACCUUGUCGUCGCUCACGGACGCCCAAGAAGAAGUCAUGUCCAUAUGCAUGGUGAUCUCUGGUUUGUUGAGUAUGUUUGGAAGCACCACCAUUGUCUAUCGAGUGCUAAAGAAGAAGAAGGACAAGAAACCAUUCGAUCGAAUCAUGCUGGGACUAUCCACCUUUGAUAUUAUUGGGAGUUUCUCCUUUGUCUUGACUCCCUUUGCGCUGCCAGCAGCGACCAGUCCAAGAGUCUGGGCGGCUGGGAAUGAUGCGAGUUGCUCCUUUCUUGGAUAUUUGUCACAAUUGAGCAUCGGGGCAGCGUGGUAUUCCUGUUUGCUGAGUUUCUACUUUUUGGCCACCUUGCGGCUACGGGUAUCCAACGACGAUUUUGCCGUUCGAUUUGAGCCAUACAUUCAUGGAUUGAGCAUCUUUUACUUUCUAUUUACAGCCACCAUUGGUGUACCAUUUCACCUGUACAGAGAAACCGAGCUAGGUCUUGGUUGUUGGGUGACGAACAGAGUACCACUCGAUUGCACUCGGAACCUUGACUGCAUUGGACAUAUUGUAGCUUGGUUCUAUGGUGGACUUUGUUUAUUUUUUACCAUGGUCGCCUUGCCUCUAAAUUAUUUCUUUACCUACUGUUUUGUCCGACAAACACUCAAGAUUUUGGCGCGGCACAAUCCCAUUCAAGCCAUGCAAGUCAGAAAACUGGGUGUUCAAGGAACAUUGUAUGUGCUAGCCUUUUUCAUUUCGUAUGGACCCCAGCUGAUCAUCCGAAUCUUCGCCAUUGCCUAUUCUUAUGAAAGGUCUGCCGAACCGGGGAUCUAUUGGCUGUUGGUUCUGAAUAGUAUUUGUUAUCCGCUGCAAGGGUUCUUGAACAUGUUUGUAUAUUCCAGGCCGAAUUUCUUGAAAUUGCGAGAAGCGGGCAUGCCACUGUUCCAAGCACUCCGAGCUGCUUGCUUUCAGAAUGAUAUUCCCAAGGCCAUGGAACAGAGGACUCUGCGUGUCCGAUCUUCGAAACACUACGACUCUUCUGAAGAAAUCACAAAGUUCCUUUCCAAUGUGGAACGUCGAGCCUCUGCCGUGAGCAUCAAGAAGCCAGUCCGGCACUACGAAGAGAGUUCUCUUGGUUUCUUGCCGGAGGUAAUUGAGGUGGUUCCAAAUGACGAAGAAAGUACAGCAGAAGAGUAG